AUGAAAUUAUACACAUCAAAUUCAAACAAAUUCAAAAUGAAUUGUAAACUACGUCGCCUCGAUCUGCUGCGUAAUGGCAAUAAAUUACCCAAGUCGGAUUGUGAGCUUCGUGUCUGGUAUGUGGACAAGACGAAACGCAGUUUCCGCCAGUUUCACUGUCAUCGCAUAAUGCUGGCAUCCGCGUCCGAGGAGUUUGAGAAUCUUAUCAAUGCUCCGGACUUUGAGCAGAACCGUCAUGUUAUCACUGUGGAUGAUGCCUCUCCGAAUGCCUACGAGGCACUGCUCCUCUAUAUAUACACAUAUGAGAUCUGCGAUGCCAUCAAUCUGGAUAUGUACAGCGAACUACUCCAUUUGGCCACUAAAUAUAAGAUCCAUGACUUUGUUGACUGCUUCGUUGAGAAAUUGGCCAAUCAGGAUUGGCCCAUUGAAACGGUGUUGAAAAUUUUCCAUUUGGCCAAUAAGCAUAGCAGUCCAACCAUUAUGGAUUUGGUAGCAAAGAAAAUUUUGCCAAUUGCCACGCAAGUGCUAAAUGAUAACUGCUUUCUUCGGCUAAGAGUGGAUGAGCUAAAGGCCUUAAUCACAAUCUUAAAGGACAAGCAGAUCGUCUCGGAUGAGGAUCUCUUGGAGGCACUAAAGAAAUAUCAGAUAUCAAACAAUUUGCGCUAUAAUAACAUGGAGAAAUUUCAAGAAUUUGUCGAGAUUACUCAACUAUUUGAUGAGGUUCUCUUUGAAAUUGAUGGCACAUUGGCCGUAAAGCAUUCCGAUACGGAUCACCAGAGGCAGUCAUCCUCCGCAAGGGCAAGUAGAAGUUAAAGGAUUUUGUUAAUUUCUUUUAUUCGGUUCAAAAAACUGUGAACAACAAAAUAUUAUGGAUUCCAGAGCUUAAAGAUAAUAAAUACUAAAUUUAAUUACA